AUGCACUCUCGUUAUCGAUCAAUAGUAGCACUGAUCGACCCAGAGGGCGGAAAUGAAGGGUGUCCAAGAAAAGGAGAAGAGCGUCAGGUAUGCGGCCAAGAGAUGGACUUACGCCUUCUUCAAAGAUUGGCAGCUCAAAGAGCGCCAGAAGAAGAAGACGCGUCGAAAGAGUUUCGCAGGUGCAAUGUGUUGGCAGUGCUAGGUGGGAUUGAGAUGGAGAGAAGGAGGAAUGGCGGACGAGAGACGCUCGGUCCAACCAACCCCGCCAAGCCCAGACCCACCCUGUCGUUUUCCUCGCCAAAUCCAUGCAUGCUUCGGUUCCUGCGGCUACGUGACGCUGGCCAGUACCAAUACCUUGGUAUUCUUUACGCUCCCGUCAAUACACACCCGUCAUGCUACUUACUAGUAGGCAAUUACCGUCAAGCAAAAACCCCCCGGUUUCAUCCAUGGGGCAAGCCAGCACCGAAGUACAAAAAGCAAAAGACUAUGAGGCAUUUUGGAGGUUGGCUACCAAGGCGGGCUAACCUCGAUCUUACUAACCCGGUCCAGAGCAAAGAAAGGCUGUCAGACAAGGAGGGCGGCUACUCAAUGAGAAGGAAUGAACCCCCACGAGGACAAGACAGCGCAGGAGCCAGGGCAGGCAUCAUAGCGGCACGAGCUGCUACUGUUGUGUGUGGGAAAGUUGCCCUACCGACCGUCGGGGCGGGUAAUGCCAGGCUGGGCUUAAAUCUGGUGGUUCCUGAUCCGGAAAGCGAUGGUCUUGGCCCUGUGACGUUAUCUCAGUCUGAAGCAGUAGUUACCAGUACCGUAGAAGCAUCUCGUGUGAUGCCGAUGAUGCGGGCCAGAACGACAAACUUGCCUGCUUGCUACAGACAUCACUGGGAACUGCGAACCAACUGCAAGAGAAGUCUCGACGAUUCUAUCCCACGACUGGCAAUGGGACAAGCAGGUGGUUUCCAUGUCUUCAAUCUGCCACGCUCACCUCUCAAGGUUGGUUCCGAUAACCGUACCCAGGAAAGCUGUUCUUGUCUUCCCCCGGGUAACUCCACAGUGAUCAUCCCAGGGAUGGUCACCCAGAUCCCCUUCCUUCCCUUCAGGCGAUCGUGCCGUCUUUCCCAGACUGGACUGUGUUACAAGGAAGAGGGAAAAAAGCAGUAUGGCGAUGAUGACCAGAUCCAUGCCCGAUGGCAAAGCAACUGGGACAAGCGAACCACGGUAGCGAUCUCCAAAGCGGAGACCAUCGAGCGGGCUAAUUCCACCCCAUCCACCACCAACGGGCUUACAAUCAAAAAACCUGCACAUCCACGGUCGCUGAGGAUGGGGGGGAUAACCCCCACUCAGUGCCAUGGCUGCUCCGGGAGAUGCAGCUUCCCACAAUCGCAGCAGCCAAUCUGCGCGUCUCGGGAAUGUUUUUUUCUUAUGCUGCUUUGCCCGCUUUUGCCUCGAUCCCAGCAAUCAGGACCGAUCCAAAUCUCAGCCAGUCAUGGGAAUAAGAAGAAAAACUGCUGGGGAAGUACUAACUAUCGGCAUUCCUUGGAGUAG